AUGGCGGCCCAGUACUUUUUCGAUGUGAUAUACUCCAUCGCCAACUGCCUCGUCUGCUUCCCUUCGUCUCCCCAGCUCAAAAUCAACAGCAGAAGCUUCAAGAUGCUCAGAUUACUUGGUGAGGGCGGCUUCUCCUACGUCUACCUAGUUCAAGAUACCUCGACAUCCGAACUCUACGCCCUCAAGAAGAUCCGCUGCCCUUUUGGCGCUGAAUCUGUCUCACAAGCCCUCAAAGAAGUCGAAGCAUACACCCUCUUCUCCACCGUACCCAACAUAAUCCACAGCAUCGAUCAUGCCGUCCAGAACGACAGCGGUAGCAAAGUCUCCGGCAUCGGCAAUACUGGUAACGACGGGAGUAAAACAGUAUACAUUCUAUUACCAUACUACAGAAGGGGAAACUUACAAGAUGCGAUCAAUGCCAACCUUGUCAACCACACCAAGUUCCCACAGAAGAGGUUGAUGGAACUGAUGCUGGGCGUGGCUAGAGCACUGAAGGGGAUGCAUCAAUAUCGCAUGCCGAAGGGCUCAGGCGGGCAUGCAGUAGGAGCUAAGAACAAGGCUCGUGCAGUAAGAGAAGAGGCAGCAAACGCCGACCGAGACGCGGCGAAGCGGGCCGGUAAAUGUCAAAAGCAGAAAAGGAGAGAAAUGGUUGCGGAGCCGCCAGACCAGGAAGACGGGGGAGAAGAAGACAUACCGCUGAUGGAAGGGGAGGUAACAAGGGCACAAGAAGGCGUCGGAGAGGGCGAGCUGAGGGCUUAUGCUCAUAGAGAUAUCAAGCCAGGUAAUAUAAUGAUAUCUGACGACGGGCAUACCCCAAUCCUCAUGGACCUCGGUUCUCUUUCUCCGUCGCCCACCCCAAUCACCUCUCGAUCUCUUGCCCUAGCAGUUCAAGACACCGCCGCCGAACACUCUACCAUGCCCUACCGCGCUCCCGAACUUUUCGACGUGAAAACAGGUUCCGUCGUCGACACGAAAGUCGAUAUCUGGAGUCUCGGCUGUACUCUGUAUGCGUGUCUCGUGGGGAAGAGUCCGUUCGAAGCUCGCUCUGAGGAAACGGGCGGCAGCUUGAGUAUCUGUGUGCUAGGGGGGGAUUGGAGAUUUCCCAAUGAAGGAGGUAACAAGGGGAAAGGGAAACAAGGCGCGGCGGCUAACGGUAACGCGGAUGGUGGUGCUGCGGCGGCACAAGGUGGAGGGAUCAAUGAUAGUGUGAGGGAGGUGGUCAGAGCUUGUCUCCAGGUUGAGCCGGCCGACAGACCGGAUAUCGACCAGUUGAUUGACGUGAUGGAGAGAUGUAUUGAAGGUCUGCCGGAGGAUGAUGGAAGUGCGGACUCAUGA